AUGCGUCUUCUUGAUAUCUCUGCGGCACUCGGUGCUCUUUCCGUCUUCUCUCUCGGAGCCAAUGCUUCUCCGAUUGAGUCUGAGCUCGUCGAGAGGCAGAGUUCAUUCUUCGCGCUCACCGGAGCUACCGGCGGGGUAUAUCCCCGCCUAGAGGUCCGCGACCUGGCAAACAAUCCGGAUCAAUGGAAUCUCUUCGUCCUUGCUAUGCAACGCUUCCAGCUCAAACCCCAGACCAACAAGUUGUCGUACUACCAAGUUGCCGGAAUUCACGGACGUCCUUAUGUCAACUGGGAUGGUGUUGGGCCGUACGCAUCCCAGCCGUGGUGGCCUGGCUACUGCCCCCACAGCUCCAACCUCUUCGGGUCUUGGCACAGGCCCUACCUCUCCCUCUGGGAGCAAGCCAUAAUUCAAUACGCCAAUGAAAUCAUCAACGAAACCCCAGCGGGUGCCACCAAGACCAGGUACCAGACUGCCGUCAAAACGCUGCGGUUCCCUUUCUGGGAUUGGGCCAAGAAAACAUCCAGUGGAAUCACCCCGCAGCCUCUCACGCAAGCCUACAUCCAAGUAACGUUCCCUCAAAACGGAUCUUCAAAGAGUAUUCCGAACCCGCUUUACGCCUAUAGGUUCCAAGUUGUACCGGACCCCUACUUCGAUGGCAGCUACUCCAAGAACCGUCAGACGACUCGUUCGAGCAGAGCUGAGGCCAACCUCCAGGCUUCAUAUACCAGUCGCCGCAACACACUCUUGACACUGUUCAGCAGGAACCAGGCCUAUAAUGUAUUUAGCACUGAUGCAAACGGCAACACUGCUCCCAACUUGGAGGGCAUCCACAACGGCGUCCACUCGGAUAUCGGUGGAUACAUGGCGCAGAUCUCGUACUCUGCUAUGGAUCCCAUCUUCGCCAUGCACCAUGCGAAUGUGGACAGGGUUGUUGCGAUCUGGCAGACGCUUUACCCCAACAGCUGGGUGGGCGCUGCCUCUCAAACCGCCGGCACCAGGACAAUGGCGCCUUCCAGCAACCAAAACGCCAACUCUCCACUCACUCCCUUCCACAGGGACACCAAGGGCACCUUCUGGACCUCGAACUCGGUCCGCGCCACGUCCGCUUUGGGCUACACCUACCCAGACCUCGUCGGCGUUUCCAACUCACAGCUCACCACCAACCUCAACCGAUUGUACGGCAACAGUGCGACCAAUUCGGCGCUGCGAGGGGGGAGCAGCGAUGGCGAUGCUCCUGCCACUACUUAUGACUACAUGGCGCAGGUCACUCUCGACAAGAGCGUGCUGGGCGGCGUAUCGUAUGCUGUACAGUUCAUGUUGGACGGCGAUUACUUCGCUUCCUUUGCAGCUCUGGCGGUACCCCCGUCGCCAGGCGCCCAAGCAAAGGCCGUGACCAGUUCUGGCACGGUCAUGCUCACUGAUGCGCUGGCUCAGAGAGGCAUCGACACCUCGGACCGCAAUGCCACCGAACAGUAUCUCAGCGAGAACCUCACGUGGCAGGUGGUACAAAAUGACCAGGUUGUCAACAAUGUCCCCAACCUAAACGUCACCAUCGCCAGCGCUGAGGUCCAGCCCGCCAAGGCGGUGAACCAGUUCGCUACAUGGCUUGAGCCGCCGCAGGAGAUCGACAACAGCACUUCAUCUUCGUGA